AUGCACUCGCUUUUCAUACUACUACUACUAAUUAGUCUCCUUGAUGUGUCGUCGGCAUUUCUACAAUCUAGCCAGGUUUUAAAGAAUCGCAUAAUAUUCGAUAAUGCUCGAAUACCCGCUGACGUGGCAUAUUCGCUAGCACAACAAAAUCUGAGAUUAGGUCUGUUUGAAAUAAUGACUUUGUCGUCAAACAAGGAAGUUGCUCCUUAUAUAUGCCACUUACCUGCGGAUAAAGAGGUCAACAUCUCAAAACCAGCACAAACGAUUACUACAUCUGAAUUGAAACAAACUGCUAUAGAUAUCAUUCAGAAAACAUAUGACAAUGGAAACUGUUCAAUGACAUUCAAUAUACAAGCUGGGUAUUGGACAGUGGGAUACUGCUUUGGUGAUAAGGUAAUGCAGUUUCAUGAAGACCUUGUUGACUUCAUAAGCGGAAACCACAAAGCGCAGUUGCCAAACCAUGUCUAUGUGCUUGGAAAAUUCCCCAAUAUGAAACCCUACAAAACAACCGAAAUUAAAAAUCAGAAAGGCAACCAAAGAGUCAAGCUAGAUCCUAAAGACUUUAUCAUUUUUGAAGGUGAGUUUAGCUCUUUUGGAGAUAACGAGGUUGACUCUUCGACCAAUACGCAAAAGUUUAUCAAACACACAUUGGGUGACGGCGAAAUCUGCGAUUUGACCUUACAGCCCAGAACAAUUGACAUUGUGUACAAAUGUGAUGAAGAUUUCGGUAGCCCAGGGAUAAUAGAAAUACAGGAAAUCAAAACAUGUCAAUACCAAAUGAUUGUCAAUGUUCCAGGACUUUGCCAGCUUGAAGCGUUUAGAAAAAAUUUAAUCCAUGAAAAUAUAAUGGAUAUCACCUGCAAACGGGUAGGCAAAGAAAACGCACCGUCUAUUGGAAGUGUAUCGCACGAUACUUUUUUUGACUACCGCCUGCCAGUUUCACUGUCUCAGGUUGCCAAAAUCAGAAACGAAAAAGCCGACUUGAAUCAGUUCCACAUCCACCCCAUCGGUGAUGGGUUUUACCUUGGGACUUUAAAAGAGGAGUAUAAAAGUGAUCAACCAUAUUGGAGGACCAGAGUAAUUGCGAUAAAUGCAAAUGACAUUAGCGAUGGAGAUUUGUUGAAUAGAUUUGGCAAGCUAUUUCUUAAUUCGUUGGAGAGAAAAUUUCCCUCCCCAAUCAUGCUUACCGAUAACCUAGUAACAACGCUUCAAUGGAGUGACUCAUUUAUAUAUUGGAUUGAGAUGUACGAUUUAUUUGGCAACUUCCUUGCCUUGUUCAAGAUGGCACGAGACGGAAAGUUGGAUAAUCAUGAAGUUGAAUUCCACAAGAUCAACCCGGUAGAUGAGGAUAACCUUAUAAGCUUUAAUUUAAACCUGAACUACUUUGAAAAUCCAAACAAUAACUGGAACUUUGAGUAUUUUAUGCGAGAUUUCGACUAA